AUGAAGUGGCUUGGGGUCCUCAGCCUGGUGGCCCUCUCAGAAUGCUUGGUCAGAAUCCCUCUGACGAAGGUCAAAUCCAUUCGAGAAAACCUCCGGGAAAACGACACGCUGAGAGAUUACCUUGAGAAGUAUCCUUUCAACCCCGCCAGGUUUCUUAGCAAAUAUCAUCAGCACCGGGAAGUGGCUUUGGAGCCCAUGAAGAACUACUUGGACAUGGUCUACGUUGGCAUCAUCACCAUUGGAACGCCGCCUCAGGAGUUCAGGGUCAUCCUUGACACAGGCUCUGCUGACUUGUGGGUGCCCUCCACCUAUUGCAACAGCAUGCCCUGUGGUGGCCACCAUAUCUUCAAGCCUCAGCUAUCCUCCACGUUCCAGACCUCGGGACGGCACAUGAACAUCGCCUAUGGCUCCGGGCAGAUAUCGGGACAUGUUGGCUAUGACACCGUUCGGAUCGGGGGCCUUGUGGACGAAAACCAGGCACUUGGCCUGAGCCGUAAAGUGCAUGGCAAUUUCAUGGAUUUUUCAGUCUUUGAUGGCAUCUUGGGACUGGGCUACCCUGGCCUUGCCAUUAAAGGAACCACCCCUGUCUUCGACAACCUGUGGGAAAAAGGCCUCCUUUCUGAGAACGUCUUUGCCGUCUACUUGAGCAGCAGGAGAGAGAGAGGCAGUGUGCUGAUGCUCGGCGGGGUGGACCCCUCCUACUACGUCGGGAAGCUUAACUGGGUGCCAGUGUCCCAACCCCUCUACUGGCAGGUAGCCAUGGACCGCAUCACCCUGAAUGGGACGGUUAUUGCUUGUAAAGGCGGCUGCCAGGCCAUUAUUGAUACCGGGACCUCCAUGCUGACCGGCCCGCAUACCUCUGUCACCAACAUCAACCACAAGAUCCGUGCCCUGUACUCCUACGGAGGCGAGUACAGAAUCCACUGUGACACCAUCGACACCCUGCCUGACAUCGCCUUCAUCAUCAACGGCAUCAGCUACCCAGUGCCGGCCAGUGCCUACACCCGGAAGGCCCACGCAGGCACCUGCUACACCAACUUCGAAAGUUUCCACAGCAAAUCGCCAGAAACCAACACCUGGAUCUUGGGAGACGUUUUCCUGAGGCUGUAUUUCAGCGUUUUCGAUCGGGCGAACAACAUGAUUGGCCUGGCUCCUGCGACAGCAUCGCUGCAUCUAACCAGGAAGAAGCUCAGAGAACACCAGGGCACCGGGGAGGACUCUGAUUGGUUCCCCUCAGGUCAUGUGUUCAGCCCUGGACAGAGCAUCAUGGCCCGGGAAGAGGGUACCAUGAUUGGCCUGGCCUGGGACCUGGAGGUGAUUGACAGCUUCCUCUAG